AGGCCGGGGGCGGCGCCGCCGUGGCCAGCGCGGCCGUGGCGGUAGCUGCUGGGGCCGCGGCGGUGGCUCGGCCGGGAGUCUGUGGGUGUGGGGGAUGGGGGCGACGAGCUCCAGCCCUCGUCCGCGGCGGCGGUGGCCGUGAGUGCGGGGCGCGCGUCUGCUCCGAGAUGCGGGAUGGAGCGCAGCGGCAUUCUAUAUUUCUGACAGUUCAGUCAAAGGAUGCUUGCUCAUAAAAAGAAAAAAGCCAAGAAAAAGCAUGUUUUGGCAUCAGGCCAACUCUCUACUGAUAACAACUCUAAAAUGGGAGACGGCCCAAUAAAUACAACCUUCAUUUUUGAUCCGAAUUACAUCAAGGAAUUAAUUCAUGAUGUUAGAGCACUGUCCAGUAUGCUGUUAUGUUUAAAAGACGCUAUUGUUUCAGAAUGUUUUAAAGAAAUCACAUACAUACGUCUGGACGAUCUGCUUCGAAGUUUAAAAUGUGUCAUAAAUAAACACCAGGCACUUAAUUCAGUUGAUCUCCAGAAUGCUGCAAAAAUGCUUACUGAAAAAGUGAAAGCUGUGAACUUCACUGAAGUUAAUGAAGAAAACAAGAAUGAUCUCUUCGGAGAAGUAUUUUCUUCUGUGGAAAAAUUGGCAUUAACAUUAGGAAAUAAUCUUACAAACCUACUUAUGGGAGACAUAACUAAUGGUUCAAUGAUACAACAGACUAUUUCUCAGGAAAGUAAGACUUUUGAAAAUAUUUCUAUGGAAUCAAUGGAUUCACAUAUUGAAAAAGGAAAUUUUUCUCCAUUAGAACUAGAAAAUAUUCUUUUAAAGAACACUGACUCUGUAGAAUUGGCUUUGACAUAUGCAAAGACAUGGUCAAAAUAUACCAAGAACAUAAUUUCAUGGGUUGAAAAGAAACUUAACUUGGAAUUUGAGUCCAUGAGAAAUCUUGUUAAGUUAGCUGAAACAACUAGGUCAAGUAUUGAACUACAAGAAUUUAUGCCACUACGUGUUCUGUUUACCAAUGCUCUUCUUAAUGAUGUCGAAAAUAGUCAACAUGUACAGCGAGCUAUUGAAUCUCUGCAGACUAACAAAUUUGUGCAGCCUCUACUUGGUAGGAAAAAUGAAAUGGAGAAACAAAGAAAAACUUUCAAAGAGCUCUGGAAGCAAGAACAACAUAAAAUGCUUGAAUCAGAGACUGCUCUUAAAAAAGCAAAAUUACUAUGCAUGCAGCGGCAGGAGGAAUAUGAAAAAGCAAAGUCUUCCAUGUUUCGUGCAGAAGAGGAGCAUUUAUAUUCGAGUGGUGGUGGAUUAAAAAGUAUCAACAAACAGUUAGAAAAAAAGCGAAGAUUGGAAGAGGAAGCAUUACAGAAGGUCGAAGAGGCAAACGACCUAUACAAAGUUUGUAUGACCAGUGUUGAAGAUAGACGAAAUGACCUAGAAAAUACCAAGAGAGAAAUUUUAACACAACUUCAAAAAAUUAUUUAUCAAUGUGAUUUGACUCUUAAGGCUGUUACUGUUAACUUCUUUCAAAUACAACAACAACAGGCUGCCUCACUUGCGAGCCAGAUGCAGUCUUUUUUCUGUAAUGCAAAACAAUAUGAUCCAGGAAGAGAAUAUAAUGACUUUAUUGUUACUACAAAUUCAGCUGAAGAAAAAACAUUUAUUAGGAAUGUAAACAAACAAUUAACAGAUAGUUCUUGCACAUCUGGAUAUCAACCCAGUAAUUCUUUAGAAGGUGUUAUGCAUCUUCCAGACACAUCUAAGGUUGAGGAUGACAACUGUACAGAUGCAACAGGCACUUCUUUUAUAAGAUCAUGGACAUUGGGAAUUGUGAGUGACUCUGAAAGUACUGGAGGGAGCAGCGAGUCACGAUCUCUCGAUUCAGAAUCUAUAAGUCCAGGAGACUUUCAUCGAAAACUUCCACGUACUCCAUCCAGUGGAACAAUGUCCUCAGCUGAAGAUUUAGAUGAUAGAGAAAUACCUUCCCCUUCAGAAGCUGGACCCAAUUCCUUGGGGCUAUUUAAGAAGACAUUGAUGUCAAAGGCCGCUCUUACUCAUAAGUUUCGUAAAUUGAGAUCCCCUUCAAAAUGCAGAGAUUGCGAAGGCAUUGUUGUAUUUCAAGGCCUUGAGUGUGAAGAGUGUCUUUUGGGAUGUCAUAAGAAGUGCUUGGAAAAUUUGGUAAUAAUUUGUGGACAUCAGAAACUACUUGGUAAAAUACACCUGUUUGGAGCAGAAUUCACAUCAUUUGCCAAAAAAGAACCAGAUGGCAUUCCUUUUGUGUUGAAACUAUGUAUAUCAGAAAUUGAAAACAAAGCUUUAUGCUUACAGGGAAUCUAUCGUAUUAGUGGAAACAAAGCACGGAUGGAUAAACUCUGCCAAGCACUGGAAAAUGGGCAUCAUCAUGUUGAUUUAAGUGAAUUUAGUUCACAUGACAUCUCUGAUGUCUUAAAACUUUACCUUCGACAGCUUCCAGAGCCAUUUAUUUUGUUUCGACUGUAUAAUGAAUUUAUAGCUCUUGCAAAAGAGAUACAACUUGUCAAUGAAGAUCAAGAGACCAAAAAGGAUGAUACUGAGGAAAAAAAGAAAGCACAUAAUAGUGUAGAAAUAAACCGAAUUCUUGUAAAAAGCAAAGACCUUCUUCGGCAGUUACCGGUGUUAAAUUUCAAUAGCUUUCAUUUCCUCAUAUUGCACCUUAAGCGGGUAGUGGAUCAUAGCGACAAAAACAAAAUGGAUUCUAAAAAUUUGGGGCUUAUUUUUGGUCCAACACUCAUUAGACCUCGGCCCUCUACUGCACCCAUAACCUACUCUACAAUAGCUGAAUUUUCAAAGCAAGCUCAGUUGAUAGAGUUUAUCAUAACAUAUUCGAAGAAAAUCUUUGAUGGAAUCCUACAGUCACAAGAAGUACGUUAUACUGAUACCGGAUAUAAUCCAAAGCAAUUGUUACCACCAGAUUCAAGAGACUCGGAAAAAUCCAUGAAUUCCCUCUAUUUGUCUACAAAGGAAGACAUUCAGACUACUGAUAAUGAAGGCAGAUUUUCUGAUUCACUUACGUCAUUUCAGAAUUCAGAAGUCCAAAAUACAUUUGGAAAAUGUGAUACCUGUCAUACUGAUAAGAAAAUGAACUUGCCAGUAGAUCAAGAACUUGAAUCUGUACCAGCAAAAAUGGAAAUCAUAUGUAAAACCUCAGAAGAGUCUCCUUUGAAGUUUGAUAGUAGCCGAGACAGUGUUGGGAGGCGCACUCCACGAUCCACAAAUAGACCUGUAAGUUUGCCUGUAGAUAGAGUACUACUGCUUGCCAGCCCUCCUAAGGAGACAAAUGGAAGAAAUAUGGCAAAGGUAAACUCAGACAAGUUUGGCAGGAAUCCUGCAUUGGACGGAAUUAAUAGAAAAGACACCACUACUAUUGUUUGUUCCAAAUUUGAUGACUUUGCCCUGCCAACUAUACAAAAAACUCGAGAGAAGGAGUGUGAACAAGGUGACCCAGCUGCCAAGACUGCAGUGGCUGUGUCCAGUGCACUCCAUGAAAGAGGAGUGAUGAGCAUCAGGGUCAGUGGGGACCCCCCAGCCAGUGCCACCCUGCACAGUAAGCCACACACAGAACCAGUCAGGUCUGGAAGACAAGUGUCUGAGAGACGAUCCUCUGACUCUUGUCCUCUGGCCCCUGUCAGAGCUCCCAGAACACUGCAGCCUCAGCACUGGACAACAUUUUACAAACCACAUGCUCCCACUGGUGGUGUGAGGGGUGGGGGAGAGAAACUUGUAACACCCUCCACAGCAGUGCCUGUUGGCACAAAUUGUGCUCCCCAAGGGUUGGUUUGGAGCCCUGUUUCAGACUCAGAAAAUGCUUGUGCACGUCCUGUGCAUCAGAUCAGUAAACCUAAAGAGAACUCAGAGGAGCAUGUCUUGCCUGAUAUGCAUCCAACCUGUCAGAGACCGAGGCUAAAACGAAUGCAACAGUUUGAAGACCUUGAAGAUGAAAUCCCACAGUUUGUGUAGGCUUCUCAGAUUCGGGCUGUUGUUGUUGUUAUUGUUGUUUGUUUGUUUUGUGGUGUUUGUUGUUUUAUGAAGCAUCAUUAUGACAGGGCCCUAUCUGUGUAGGACUGUGAAAUCAUGGGUUUUGCUUUUGUUGUUGUAUUGUGUUUUACUGUUUUGUUUAUAUCAUCAUACCAUGUUGAUUAUAUGGUAGAAUGUUUUGAUAGGUCCACAUUUGUUCUUCACUGGAAUUGUCUUUAUAUCUGUAUUUUUGUAGUUAUGAAUAUGUAUGUGGACUUUUUUUUAAAAGUUCAGUUGAUUUUCCUUAUAGGAUGGUUCAUUGAAAUACAUGCCUAAUAUAUAAUAUAUUCUCAACAAGUAGGUGCAAUUGGGAAGUCAGUUCAUUUUUGAAGUGAAAACUAAGUGCUUAUUUAUAAAAGGAAUAUUUUGAAUGCAGGUGCCUGAGAGAUCUUUGUUUAGUAUGGUUGCCUCUUUCACACAGUUUUAUAAUGCAUCUUUUAAAUGUGGGUUUUUUUAUGCUAUAUAUGUAUUCUUUUUAUUUUUCAAUUGGCAACUCAUUUUUUCUAAUAUUCACACAAUGGCCAAAAAGGCUUGCUAACUGGUAUGUGAACAUAGUUUAAUUAAUUGCCAAUUUUACAUGUUUCAAAUCCAUUAAUUGUAGAAAGAAAGUACACUUUAACCUGUUUCUAAGUUACAUAUUUCAGUUGUCGUACAUGACUUUAAUUUUGUUAAUAAAUUUAUAGUAUUUUGGCCCUUGGCUUUAUUCUUCUGCAUAAAGCUUUGUUGUUUCACAGUUCUGAACUUCUUGCUAUUUUAUGUAAUGGUUCAAAAAGGUAUUUAAAUUAAGUGCAUUUCCUGUUGGUAUUUCUGGCUUCAGUGCUUCCUCUAAAGUGUGCUUUGUUUUGUUUUGUUUUGUUUUCCAUGUAGGAAUAUUUUUAUAUACAUUUUCUACCUGAAGUUUUACCACUGACAAUGCGUGUUUUAUCUAAAAUCUUGCAAUAUUCAUUUACUGAUUCUAUGUAUAUAACUCAGUAACUCCCAUUGUUUGGAAUUUAAGGGAUGGUGUAGAUAUUUGGCUUCAUUUCAUUUGUAAAAAUCCCCAUUUAAUUUUUUAGAAAUAAUGCAUUUCAUUCAUCCUGAGUUGAGUCAUUUUGCCUAACAUAGGUUAUAAAAUGACGAAAAUAAUAAAGUAGCUCCUUUUUA